AUGCUCACCAAUACGUCAACUAGAACUAAUCAAGCAAACACACCAAGUCGAAUGAAAUGGGUCUUUCUUGUGCUAUGUUUCGCAUUUCUUGGUAUUUCGUUUGUAUUCUAUUCUACGAAAGAUUUUAAUUGGAAUACAUUACAUUCCUAUGUAACCAAUCGAGUAGCAUCUGCAUCUCACACAAAACCUUUUAACGCAAAUGUAACAUUAAAAUCUGCUACAACUAAUUUGCCUGGAAAACGUGGACCGCGUCGUUUUGCAGUCUUUGCCUGUUCCAUACAUGCGAUAGUGCAAGCGUAUUCAUUCUACACACCAAUAACUGCUUCGAGUUGGACUCGCAUUGGAUACGAAAGUAUAGUCAUAUUUGUCGGUGAUUUUACAAUGCCGAAUAUUCUUACAGCUCGAUUAAACUUAUCACGUGCGUAUUUAAAGAAGGUUGGUGCAUAUAUUAUCGAUGUGCAAUGUAAUGCUUCAUAUGCCAUCAAAUUAUCACAAUUAGUUCGAGUUUUUUCGGGAUUUUUACCUGACUCGAUCGUAAACGACAAUGAUGAUAUUCUAACAAGUGAUAGCGAUCUGAUGCCAUUACAGCCAGAUCCUUACCGUCCGACUAAUGGAACGGAUGGAUUUAUUUUCAAUGCAUUCUGUUGUGGUACAUUUCAACGACGGGGAAAGACAUACCGAAUGUUUCCAAUGGGCCAUAUAUACAUGAAGAAGAAAAGUUGGCGUGCGAUGGUGCUGGAGUCCACACUGCGUGCUGAACUUCUUGCUAAUCAGACGAAUACACAAAUCCGAGAUUUAUUGAGUGAAAACAUGUCAUUAUCCUUUGAAACCAUAAGUCUCUACGCUCGACGUGAAUUCCAGAGCGUUUAUGAUAUGAAUAUGGCCAAAGGUGAUGCAGCUUGGUUUAUGGAUCAAAUUCUAUGUUCAAUGCUAUUAGGUGAUUAUCGUCAGAAACAUUCAGACUUCAAAAUAAUUGAGCGUGGUCGUGGUGGGCGACUCGAUCGAGCCUUCGAUAUUAGCUAUUGGAAUCGUCCUUCGUUCAAAGAAUUUGGCGAUGCACAUCUCAUCCAUGAUACUAUUCUUCAAAGUCGUAAUUGGAAGGUUUUCAAUCGACUUCUGGAAACUCUGUUCAAUGAAACUCUUGUGAAUUUAUUUAAUGAUUAUCAUCGACAAUUUAUGAUCGCCGAGAGAAUAAUUUUGAAACAGAAAAGAUCAAUGUUAUUUAGUUUUUUUAUAUAA